AAUCGCUUUAUUAAGGGUUUUUAUUAAUUUUAAUUGUGUGGUUUUGAGUUCGAAAAUGGAUUAUGCAAAAGAAAAGAACUUCAAUCGUUCUCUUUUUCUGUUUGAAGAUAUUAAAAAUUGUGCUAAAAAUGAAUUUUAUGAUUUAAAUUAUUUUCAAUGUAGUGCUUGUCAGAGAAUUGGUGAAAAUUUGCAAACUAAUGAUGAUAAAUUUUCUUGCGGUUGCAAAACGUCACCAUCACCAACCACUGUAACGGUCUACGACACUUUUAAACCCUACAUAACAUGCAGCAACUUGUGCAACCAAAAGCAGAUGCAAUACAAAAUAACGAAUACCACCACUGAACUAAUUGCUAAAUAUUGUACAAACAAUGAAACCACCAUUCUUCCAAAAUUAAAAUGUAAAUUUAAAUAUAUUAAUCGUACAAUGACCACUAGCCCCACACAAUCACUGGCAGAUUUUUCGCGUAGAAUUGAUGUGUGCUAUCGCAAUUGGCAAUAUGAUGGAUUAUGUGAUGAUUGCAAUAUCGAGUAUAAUUUUCACUAUCAAGACUAUUGUAUUGCAAAUGGCUUGCUGCGUCCUUUUCUAAGUUACAAUUCCUUUUGGCAGGCAACGACCUCUUCGCCACACUUUGGGGAAUUGAAAUUUGUGGCCUUCUUUUGUAUGGCUCUCAAUAAUCAAACGGCCUGCCAUCAGUUGGCCAAUUUAUGUGUUUUGUUUCAUUAUGCAAAUGAUAAGAAUUCGCCCUGUAGUAAAUUUCUUUUAAAUCAAGCCUCUGAUGCAGUCUACAGAUAUGGCAGUGUGGAUGAAUUAUUGUCGCAACAACAAAUGAAACCAUUCUUAUACUAUAGCAAGGGUAAAGAAACAUUAGCGGAAUUGGGUGUGCCAAUCAAAGGUUUAACUUAUACUAUGGAUGUAAAACAGACAACAGUAACAAUAAUCAUUUGAAAUUCUUGUGCAACUACAUAUGCCUUAGAUGGAACCCCUACUGCGUUGGGUUCUUUAAAACUAAAUGAUUUGAAUUUAUGCCCCUAUUAUAAAAACAGUUGGAGUUUUGUUAAUUUUCUAAGAUUUGCUUAUGAAUAUGAUGCAAUUGAGUGUUCAUUGACAUUGGAAGAACUUAUUGAUUUGGCUAAGAUUUAUGACAAUAAUCGUUUUAUAAGUUUAUUUUUAAAUUUCACCAGAAAUGAUGACAAUGAUGGAGUAUUUUUACAAGCCAUACCAAUUCUGAUAGAAGAUCUGUUGCCAGAGAAUAGGCGUCUACAAAAGGAAGAAUGGCAGUUGGUUAAACGUUUCCAAUUAAUACAAUUUCAUCUACGGCAUGGUACAUUAGGCCCAAAAGCUCCUACUCCCUAUGAAGACUCUCACAAAUUGCUAAUCUUUAGAUCUUUGCGCUACGCCGAUAAAAUAGAACUUCACUAUGAUAUUCACGAAAACAAUCACAUAUCGAUACCCAUACUUAAGCUACAUUAUCGCCAUAUAGAAUUUACCAACAAUACUACACUAAAUACCAAAUACAAUUUCAAAUUGCUCAUAACAUAUGAACGGGUUGGUGAAACAGCUAAAGGAGAGCUAGUUAAUGAAAUAGCUCUGCCAUUGUCUUUGCUCUUUGCUUUGGUGGCAGCACUUUUCAAAGCCAAUAAUAGCCGCAAAAGACGUACAUCAUCUUUUGUGACAACAUCUUCGUCUACGACGCCUCUGACAGCAGCAACAUCACAAAACAAUGAUGAUGAUUUUUGUCAUUUUACCUUUUUCACCGAAUUCCUAUUGCAUUUGAUUUCCUAUAUGGCAUUGGCAUUUUUAAUCUGCUUUCUUUUACAUGUUUUUAUGAAUUCUUUGGCAUUUUUAAGUCAAGACAUUGUGGAGUUGACAUUGCCCAUUGUUAAGGAUCAACGUUCGUUGGAAUUGAUUAUAUAUGCAGCAUUGAUUUUAAAGUUGAUAUAUUUGUGUAUAUAUUUUUGGCGCUUAUCACAUUUUCACAUCUUUUUCAUUGAUUGGGAACGUCCUCGUUGUGGCGAUACGAAUCAUUUCAAUUUGAAAAAUAAUCUUGAAACGUCUUCCGUUUGUUCGAGUGUUCGAACUUAUAUUAGUGAUUCAAAUGUUUCGGCUUGGCGUAGCAUUUUGCUGGCGAACGAAUGGAUACAGUUGAGUGGUAAACAGAAGACUUCCAGAGUCUUACAAGGAUUGACAAUGGUGGCAGUGGCAAGGGUAAGUUAAACAAUGAAAAAGUAUGGCAGGGCUUUAUUAAUAUGUACAUUCUUCUUUUCCCUUCUCUCCCUCGUUCUCUCCCUCUGUCAGUAUGUGAUUUUAAGCCAAAUACUAACACGCUUCACUGGAAAUCCCAUACAAAAAUACAUUGACCAUUGUUCGUUGGCAAACAUUUCAAUAUUUACACUAAUCGAACCAUCAUUUGGUUACUAUAUACAUGGACGUUCACCACAUGGUUUUGCUGAUUCCGAUAUGACAACAAUGUUAAUGCAGCUGCAACGUGAAACUCACAGCAUUUGUGGACGUCGUGGUCUUUUAAGUGAUACGGAUCAAUGUUACGUGAUAAUGCCACCAAAAAAUUUAAGUAAUUAUUUUGAUAAACUACUCUUGCCGUAUCAGAGAUCAAUUGGUGGAACUCUAGGUGCUGUAGGCGGUGGAGGAGGAGUGGGUUCAACAGCUACACACUUUCAAAAAGAAAUUAACAGUAUUGAGGGCAAUUUGGAAAAGACUUCGGUUGCCUACUGUAGUGUUAAUCGUUUCUUUUGUGCCUUUAUUGAUCAUGGCAUUAAGGAUAUGGAUUAUAUAAUUAAGGAGAAGACUAUUGUAGAACGUUUGUUCGACUGUGAAUUUGAAAAUUAUUUGACUGACAACAAGGGUACGUUUUAUAUCGACACAAGUUUUUCCUUUACACAAAUGUUUCUUUAUGGCAACGAAUGGCAAAUGUUUAUAUUGGAAUUCCUACUGCUUCUGGCAAUUUAUUUAAUCUUUUCCAAUCUUUUGGCAGCUGUUAUUGCAGUUUGUAUUUUUAAUAAGAUUUUCCAAUCGUUUUAUCGUUAUGCGGUAAAAGAGAAUAUCUCAAAUAAGACUUUAAUCGAUAAACGUUUUUUAAUUUAAAAGUUGCAAUUCAAUGUACUUAUUUUGUUAAUUUUUUUUUUUUUUUUUGAUUUGUUUAAAAAUAAAAUAAAUACAAACUAAAUUUUAAUUAUUUUACUUUAAUUAGUUUUAACUUUUCCAAGAAUAAUGGAAGUUUCAACUAGAAUAAAGCUGUAUUUUUACCGAUAUUCCGUUGAUUUAACUUUUAUGCAU